GAGAGAGUUCCUCCCAGCACCGGCUCGGAUCGUUCAGUAUCUCUCUCUCUCCACUUCAGAUUGGAGGUGACUGACUGACAGGUAACCCGAGCAGUCCGCCCGGCUGUGUGUCGGUCUGUCGGACUCUAGCAGCGGAUGUUCUUGGGCACGUUUCUUCCCACCGCGGUGAGGCUGGACGGAUAAAGCCACCAUGGCGCUGGAACCGGAGGGGAACAACCGGCUCCUGCAGGACGUGCUGGCGAGACCGGGCAACGAAACGUGCGCGGACUGCGGCAAUCCAGAGCCGGACUGGGCGUCGCUGACUUUGGGUGUGUUUGUUUGCCAGGCCUGCUCGCUCCUUCACCGGAGCAUCCCCCACAUCAGCCGGGUCAAGUCUGUCCAGGACACGUGGGAUGCCAGCGAUGUGGAGUUGAUGGCGGCUACAGGAAACAACGCAGCCAAGGCCAAAUAUGAGCAGAAGGUUCCUGCUUUCUACUACAGACCAAUACACUCUGACUGCAAGAUGCUGAGAGAGCAGUGGAUCAGAGCCAAGUACGAGAGGAAUGAGUUUGAGUUUAUCGAAAAGCAGGAGCCCUACUCUGCAGGGUACAGAGAGGGGUUUCUAUGGAAACGAGGAAGAGACAACGGUCAGUUUCUCAGCCGAAAGUUCAUCCUGUCGGAGAGGGAGGGGGCGCUGAAAUACUUCAACAAGCAGGAUGCCAGGGAUCCCAAAGCAGUGAUGAAAAUCGAGACCCUCAAUGCCACCUUCCAACCGGCCAAGAUUGGCAACCCCUGUGGCCUGCAGAUCACCUACCUGAAAGACAACAGCACAAGGAACAUCUUUGUCUACCACAGUGAUGCUAAGGAGAUGGUCGACUGGUUCAAUGCUAUCAGGGCGGCCAGGUUCCACUACCUACAGGUGGCCUUUCCUGGAGCAAGUGACGAGGAGCUGGUGCCCAAACUGACCCGAAACUUCAUGAAGGAAGGAUUUAUGGAGAAAACGGGUCCAAAGCACACGGAGGGCUUCAAGAAGAGGUGGUUUACUAUGGAUGACAGGAGACUCAUGUAUUUCAAAGACCCCCUGGACGCCUACGCCCGUGGUGAGGUGUUCAUCGGCAGUAAGGAGAACAGCUACACCGUCCUGUCCGGCUUGCCCUCUUCCACACAGGGCUACCACUGGAACCACGGCAUCACCAUCGUCACGCCAGACAGGAAGUUCCUGUUUGCCUGCGAAACCGAAGCCGAGCAACGGGAUUGGAUAUCGGCCUUCCAGAGGGUCAUCAACCGACCAAUGAGGCCGCAGGAAUAUGCAGUGGAGGCCCAUUUCAAACACAAGCCUUGAAGACUGCGGGAAGCCACAACUCAGCUGGACCGGCCCAGUCUCCUUCAGACCUGAGACAAUCCCAACGUGUGACCAGAGACCGGUGGGGGUGG